UUAAAAAAAAAAAACAAAUCAUGUUACUGAUAACUUUUUUUAUAAAAUUACUCCUUUUAGUUUUUAUUUCCGAAGGAGAAAUCAUACGAAAAAAUUGUUUACAUGAUGGAGAAUCGUGUCACUUUAGUGAUUCCUGCUGCUCCAAAAGAUGUCUGCAUAGACGAGGAAAUAAUUAUUGGGGGUCAUUUUGUAUGCGAGAAGGAGGUGAACUGUUAAUUACUCCACCAACGACUACGGUAAAGAGUUUCGCUGCUAAAUCGUGUCUUCCAAUUGGAAAAAAGUGCUCGAGCAGAGGAGAAUGCUGUUCAAAUAGAUGCGAUCGUGAAUGCCUGCAUGUAGUUAAAAAUUUGGCUCAAUAUUUAAUGCUUAUGCGUAGUGGAGGUCUUAGCUAUUGUCUUGCGCCCGGCACUUGGUGUAAUGAAAACAGUGAUUGCUGCUCUAAAAAGUGUUAUCGGCCAAGUAAUAAACUUUAUUCUAUUUGUGCUGCCGAUCUAAUUAAUGCUCCUAUCAAUAAUAAUAAUAAUAAUAAUAAUAAUAACAAUAGGACAUUAGUAAGUUCCGAGGCUGGUAGCUGCUUAUCAGACGGAAAACGUUGCACGAGCACUAGCGAAUGCUGUUCAAAAAAAUGUGACGGCGUAUGUCUAAGGAAAGUUGAAAAUUUGGCUGACUAUUUAAUUCUAAUGCGGUCUAUGCAUGCCAGCUACUGUCUUUCGACCGGUACCCUAUGCAAUAAUGACAGCGAUUGCUGCUCCACACAUUGCGUUCGUGUUAAAGAAAAGCUCUAUUCCUAUUGUGUCGCCGCUGGCCAAAAUCUAUUCGAUAAUAAUGACAAUACUAAUCAGGAGCCGGCAUUAGAAUUUGAGGCCGGCCAUUGUCAGCCUGACGGACGGAAUUGUUUCAUUGAUGAUGACUGCUGCUCAAAAUAUUGUGUACGUGUUCAAUUCUUUGCAUCUCUCAGUCAAUUUUGUGCUUCAGCGCGCCCUAAUACUACUGAAGUAAUUACUCAGUCCAGUGAUGACCAGAAUAAACAAAAUAUUGAGAAGGGCCCAAAGUGCAGCGCAAAUGGAGAAUUUUGUUGGAGUGCCAAUGAAUGCUGCUCAAAAGCUUGUUUUAAUCAUCACGGGUCAAUGACAAAAAGAUGUGCAGGGUAGAGAUUAACGUACUAAGUUUAUAUGUACACAUA